UAAAUCGCUGAACCUAAUCAAAGCAUUUUAACUUACGUGGCAAAGCAUCAUAAUGUGGGCGUGGUUUAGUAUUGUCAACAUCCAUGUCAACAUCCUGGUGACAUAACUAGUUACUUCAAAAUGGCGACGGUGGACCACAGGGAAGACCAGGAAGACCCAGAGAGUGAAGAUGAGGUUUAUGAGGUUGUGGAUCUGACAGAAUAUGCCCGGAGGCACCAGUGGUGGAGUAGGGUGUUUGGGAACAACUCCGGCCCGAUUGCUGAGAAGUAUUCCGUGGCUACUCAGCUCAUGAUGGGAGGGGUGACUGGAUGGUGUGCUGGUUACCUCUUCCAGAGAGUUGGGAAGAUUGCUGCUACUGCUGUUGGUGGUGGGUUUCUUCUUUUACAGAUUGCCAAUCAUAGUGGCUACGUGAAGGUGGACUGGAAGAAGGUGGAGAAGGAUGUGAACAAAGCAAAGAAGCACCUAAAAAAGAAGGCGAACAAAGCAGCCCCUGAAAUAAACACAUUCAUUGAGGAGGUAAAGGCUACAGACUUCAUCAAAAGGAACAUCGUCUUGUCCAGCGGGUUCGUCGGUGGCUUCUUUCUGGGUUUGGCCUCCUAAAGAUGCCGCACAAUCUGCAGCCUCCACCUACUGUGAACUGCAUCACUACAUAGGUCACUUUCCUCUUUGUUGUUUACCUCUCGACUCCAUGUGUGCAUUGAUACACCUUUUAAUGAACUUUAUGGCAGGGGGGUGGUUUAUGUUUAACAUUAAAGCAUGAUCUGUUGUGACAGUGGUAUUAACUGUGUAACUACCCCCCUGUUUUAAAUAACUCCUAGCUAAUUAUAUCCCUUUGGGAGUGCUCAUACUGAAGUGUGUGUGGUGGCUCAGUCGGGAGUUUGGAUUAUACUGUGAAGACUUUUUUUCUGCGGGUCCUGUAAUGGAGCUUUGCCAUACUGCUGAAUAUGUCAGGCUGCCACAAACCAGCACCGAUUCCUCAUUGCUUUUUCAAGACUUAUCUUAGUCUAGAUCCAUCCUCGUUAUCUAUUGCCUGAUUGUUAGACAUUGGCAUGUGUGGGUGCCUCUUAAAUAUACAGCCAACCCCUUCUCAAAGCUGUAAAUACCCACACAAGAGUAAAUAUUAUAUAAACAACAUGGAAGGCAGCAGAGUGGGAAGCUGACACCAUCCCCCAGUCUAGUGUUAGGAGGUAUUUUUUAUGUAGCUGUGAAGUUUGGCGAGCUUAUGUGCCACUUAAGCAUGUAAGUGGCCCAGUUUUUAAACUUUGUCGCACUGACUGGGGGCAGGUUAAACAAAUGUAUUUUCCCACUCUGAGAGGAGAUGUAAUUGAUAUACGACACAUAUCAUGAGCUUAGUUUACAGCUAAGUGUUACAUGCAUGAAUAUUCAUCACUUCAUGCUGACAACAAGGAGUAUUAAUUUCACAUCCUUUAUUCCCCAUAAUCCUCAGCUCUGUAAUGCCCUUUAAUGACAGGAUGAGCUGUACCCUAAUUACCACCAUCAACAAGCUAAAACACCCAAAGAGACACCAUUCCUGUCAUUAAAGAGCAUAAUGGGGCAGCGAUUGUGACUCCUAACGCCCUCGCUAUUGUCAUUAUGCAUUUAGUCGUGUCAGUGUAGCAAUAACACAACAGCGAUGCUGCCGAGUCGUGUCCGCACAUUAUACAGGACAUCCACAUAAAGGAGUCCACUUAAGUUGAUCACAAGUUGCUUAUUUAAAUGUAUUUUUUUUUUCUUUGCCUUUUUCUACCAGUGCAAUAUACAGUGACGUUUCAGGUGUAAGUUUUUGUUUUUGAAGAGUUUGUUGCAUCUACAACUGGCAUUUUGUAUGCUCAGAUUCUCUCCUCAUUUUUGUUAUUUUGUUAUCUUGAGCAGUAUGAAUUUGGUUGGGUGUCUGUUUUAAAAUAAAAGUUGCCUGAUUAUGUUUUCAAUAAUAAUAAAAAUUUAAAAAAAUCUGUUGAUGCA